AAUUAAUUUAUUCGGUUUUGUUUUCAUUAAUAACAAUAAUAACCGAUUCUUUGCUACAAAAAGGCAUUUAAGUGCGCUGUACUAACUAUAACCAAGUACUAUUGCCAUUGAUAAGAUGCACUAGUUAGGAUUUACUAUUUGUUAUUAAUAAACUUAUUUAGGCAAUGUAGGGCAAGAACAACAUAAAUUUUGACUAUUAGGACAUUUAGGACUAGGUCUUGUACAUCAAGCACAUUAUAAACUCACCUCUGCUCUUUUGUUGAUGUCUAUACUGUACCAAGAGACCUACUGUAUACUGUGUGUAGAAGAUCCGAAAAAUGAACACUCUUUCCAACCAGGUGGCUGAAGACUUGGUCAAGUUUAAGGAGGCAGAUUUGGUCCGGCUACAUGGUGCUUACAAAUGCAUGCUGCGUAGGGCAGGCGCACUUCGUGACAAGCCUUGGCAGUACCAUUGCCAUGUUGUACCAUGGCACUGCCAAGGCUCAUGCCAGGACAUGAGGCGAGUUGUUACACACAUGAUGUCAUGCCCGUCUGACAAGAAUUGCAGUUGGCCUGUCGAUUGUUCCUUGUUGAGAAAAGAAAUUAAGCGCUUGGUGAGUUGCAAAGAGGAAGAGUGUCCCAUCUGCAUACAGAAGAAGGAGUGGCAAAUAUCUGUAUCUGCAGAACAAAGAAGCAAUUUAAUCGACCUACUGGUACAAACUAUUUCGAACUCUAGUUCCAUAUUCUACGGUAAAAGACAAUUCUCCUUACAUCAGAAAGUAUUAUACACUAAGUCGAUAGAGGGUAAAAUUUACAAAAAGGCCGAAAAUCUGACUGAUUACUACCGUAUGCUGGCUGCAAAGAAAUGGGAGAUUAAAAUGUACCUUGAAGAGAGAGAAAGAAACAGACAGAACAAACGGCGCUUUCAAGCGAAUAUGGACGUCGAGGAGAGGCGGAGGACGAGACGGGGUGUCUACAGUGACGGAUUUGCCUUAAGGCCAAGUAGCCAGAGGCCAGAUAUUAGGGGCGGCAGUCUACCUAUAUGAUGAUGAUGGUUGCUGAGAAAGAGGUGGCUAGUACUUAGUUUACUACACGGCCUGGGGGCUGGGGCCUAGGGCGGCAAACACUAUAAAUCCGCCACUGGGCGUCUAUAGUCCCUACAUACUAUUGAAUGCAUGUGGGCCAGAGCCUGAACAACAUGACAUACAUUAGAAUCGUUUAUUUAUAAAUAUAGUUGUUAAAAUGAAAAAUAAUUACAAAACACAUGGUACCCUGGUUGGAUAUUGCAAAGUAAAUAGGGUAUUUGACUGUAUUUAAAAUAAAUUAUUUUACACCAUGCGUGAAAUAAAGCACCAGAAGAUUAAUAGAGAAAUGUAGACAGCAGUUAUUUUAAGACAGAAUUUCUAUUUUAAAACCCGUAUAUAUCUAUAAAGAGUAGGUAAUUUGAUUGUGACGUCACAUGCUAGUGUUUCAUAUAAAUUUCAUAGUAGCAUCAAAGAGGAUAUAAUAAGAUAGAGCGGUACUGUCAUAGUAAAUUUUGUAACCACAGUAAAUUCACUGCCAUCUAUCGACACACUUUAAAACUAAAAAUGAAGAUUUAUAAAAAUACGAUAAAAUGAAUUUAUACAUGGAUAAAUGAUUAUUAUUAUUUGCAUUAAUUAUUUUACAUGAUUUUAACCCAUGUUCUUUUACUGACAUACGUUAAAAUUGUUAAAUAACAAACGAAACCGUCAACGCCCUCUAUACGAGAGUAGGCCAAAGGUAGUGAAUCAAAUUUCGUGAUUUUCGAGGCACGUUUUUUCCUUAGACUGUAUCCAUCUAUUACGGAGUUAUAUCUAUAUUUGGUAGCAUAAACGUUUUGACAGUUCGUGGAUUUGACUAGCAGCAGGAGUGCGAAACUCCUAGCUUCGGGCAAACGGCUCCGUUCGGCUCAGCAUUGCUCCGAGCAAUUAUUAGGGUUGUCACAACUUACGUCCCUUUGCGUGCACGACCACAGAUAAUAUAAUGACCUGAAUAGUCGGGUUCGAUGCGAGGUGGGUUGCCAAAUCCCGGUUAAAAGAAAUGUCAGGAUUUUUAGGGUGAUGUUAGGAUUUUUUAUUUAAAGGACAUUUAAUUUUUCCAUAUGGCAACCCUACAUACGGCUAAAACGCCCUCCAGACUACGCGGCGCGAAGCCGCGAUCGCGUGUGAGUAGAUUUCGCUGAUUAGCGAAAUAAACUCCACCUCCACACUCUAUGUCUAUCAGUGAAAAUCACCCGCGUAAAUUUUUUAGGGUAUAUGUCAAAUGGAAACGCAUACUGACAUAUUUGUUUACAUUAUUUGCCAUUUUUAUU